CGACCCCCAACACAAAAUGGCGGACGCCGACUCCCGCCUGGAUCGCAACGAUCCCGACUUUAAAUACCUGGUGGUGGACCGGAAUGCCUUCAAUGACCCAACAACCCAGGCGGAAUGGACCCAGAAGAGGCUGGUUUGGAUUCCACACGAAAACUUUGGAUUCGUCUCUGCCUCCAUCAAGGGAGAGAGGGGAGAUGAAGUGGAAGUUGAAAUCAUGGAGACUGGCAAACGCUGCCACGUUCCCAAAGACGACUUGCAGAAGAUGAACCCGCCCAAGUUUGACAAGGUGGAAGACAUGGCUGAGCUGACCUGCCUCAACGAGGCAUCAGUCCUCCACAACAUCAAAGAGAGAUAUUACUCUGGACUUAUCUACACAUAUUCCGGAUUGUUUUGCGUGGUAGUCAACCCCUACAAGAGACUGCCGAUCUACACGGAGAAGAUCAUUGAUUUGUACAAGGGCAAGAAGCGACACGAAGUGCCUCCGCACGUCUUUGCCAUCACCGAUUCGGCCUACAGGUCCAUGCUGCAAGAUCGUGAGGACCAGUCCAUCUUGUGCACGGGUGAAUCUGGAGCUGGAAAAACGGAGAACACGAAAAAAGUGAUCCAGUAUUUGGCGUACGUGGCCGCGUCUAAACCCAAGACCACAACUGUCGCUCACAAGGACAUCACGGAAGCGUUUAAUAUCGGCGAACUGGAACAACAACUAUUGCAAGCCAAUCCGAUCCUUGAGGCAUUUGGUAACGCCAAAACUGUCAAGAACGAUAAUUCAUCUCGCUUCGGCAAGUUUAUCCGGAUCAACUUUGACGCUUCGGGCUACAUCGCUGGUGCCAAUAUCGAGACGUACCUCUUGGAGAAAUCGCGUUCCAUUCGUCAGGCCAAAGACGAACGUGCCUUCCACAUUUUCUACCAGCUGUUGGCCGGCGCCACUCCCGAUCAGCGAAAGGAAUACAUCUUGGAGGACCCGAAAACCUACUCUUUCUUGUCUACUGGUAAUCUUCCAGUUGCAGGCGUCGACGAUGUCGCCGAAUUCCAGCAGACUUGCAAGUCGAUGUUCAUCAUGGGUCUUAACCCCGAGGACCUGUCGCCGAUUUUCCGCAUUGUAUCGGCCACCCUUCUCUUCGGCAACAUGAAAUUCAAGCAGGAGCGCAAUUCCGAUCAGGCCACUCUGCCCGACAACACUGUCGCCCAGAAAAUCGCCCAUUUGCUGGGCAUGAACGUCACUGAAAUGACGAAGGCUUUCCUCAAGCCUCGCAUCAAAGUCGGCCGUGAUUUCGUCACAAAGGCGCAGACCAAAGAGCAGGUGGAAUUUUCCGUCGAGGCUAUUUCCAAGGCUUGCUACGAGCGCAUGUUCCGCUGGUUGGUCACCCGCAUCAACCGCUCCCUGGACAGGACCAAACGCCAGGGCGCUUCAUUCAUCGGCAUCCUCGAUAUGGCCGGUUUCGAAAUCUUUGAGCUCAACUCGUUCGAGCAGCUCUGCAUCAACUACACGAACGAGAAGCUCCAGCAGCUCUUCAACCACACCAUGUUCAUCCUGGAACAGGAGGAAUACCAACGCGAAGGCAUCGAGUGGAAAUUUAUCGAUUUCGGUUUGGAUCUUCAACCGACCAUCGACCUCAUCGAGAAGCCUAUGGGCAUCAUGGCCCUGCUGGACGAGGAGUGUUGGUUCCCCAAAGCCACGGACAAGUCGUUCGUCGAGAAGCUGCUCAACUCGCACGCUGGACACCCGAAAUUUAUGAAGACGGACUUCCGCGGCGUUGCCGAUUUCGCCGUUAUCCACUACGCCGGCAAAGUGGACUACUCCGCCGCCCUCUGGCUUAUGAAGAACAUGGACCCGUUGAACGAGAACAUUGUCCAGCUGCUGCAGGCAUCGCAAGAUCCGUUUAUCGUCCAGAUCUGGAAAGAUGCCGAGAUUGUCGGUAUGGCCCAGCAGGCCAUGACGGACACGACUUUCGGCUCGCGCACCCGCAAGGGCAUGUUCCGCACCGUCUCUCAGCUCUACAAGGAGCAGCUGACGAAGCUGAUGGCCACGUUGCGCAACACGAACCCCAAUUUCGUCCGCUGUAUCAUUCCCAAUCACGAGAAGAGGGCCGGCAAGAUUGAGGCGCCUCUGGUCCUCGACCAGCUCCGCUGCAACGGUGUCUUGGAAGGCAUCCGCAUCUGUCGCCAGGGUUUCCCCAACCGCAUCCCAUUCCAAGAAUUCCGUCAGCGCUACGAGCUCCUGACUCCCAACGUCAUCCCCAAGGGUUUCAUGGACGGCAAAAAGGCCUGCGAGAAGAUGAUCCUCUCUCUGGAGCUGGACCCCAAUUUGUACCGUAUCGGCCAGUCGAAGAUUUUCUUCCGCGCCGGAGUCUUGGCCCAUUUGGAGGAGGAGCGCGAUUUCAAGAUUACCGAUCUGAUUGUCAAUUUCCAGGCUUACUGCCGCGGCAGCCUGGCCCGCCGCAUGUUCCAGAAGCGCGUCCAGCAGUUGAACGCCAUCCGCAUUAUCCAGCGCAAUUGCGCCGCUUACCUGAAACUGCGCAACUGGCAGUGGUGGCGCCUCUACACCAAGGUGAAGCCUCUUCUGCAGGUGACGAAGCAGGAAGAGAAGUUGACGCAGAAGGAGGAUGAGCUGCGACAGGUCCGCGACAAGCUGGACGGCCAGGUCAAGGCCGCCCAGGACAUGGAGCGCAAAUACCAGCAGAUCAUCGAAGAGAAGAACAUUUUGGCCGAACAGCUCCAGGCCGAAACGGAAUUGUGCGCCGAAGCCGAGGAGAUGCGCGCCCGUCUGGCCGCCCGGAAGCAAGAGCUGGAGGACAUCCUCCACGAUAUGGAAGCCCGUAUCGAGGAGGAAGAAGAGCGCUGCCACAAGCUCAACGAAGAGAAGAAGAAGAUCCAGAUGACUGUCCAGGAUCUCGAAGAGCAGCUGGAAGAGGAGGAAGCUGCCCGCCAGAAGCUCCAGCUGGAGAAGGUGCACGUCGAAGCUCGCCAGAAGAAACUGGAGGAGGAUUUGGCCGUGGCCGAAGAUUUCCAGCAGAAAUUCAUGAAGGAGAAGAAGCUGUUCGAGGAGCGGACGGCCGACAUUUCCCAGGCGCUGGCCGAGGAAGAAGAAAAGGCCAAGCAUUUGGGCAAACUGAAGGCCAAGCACGAAGCCACCAUCGGUGACUUGGAGGAGCGCCUCAUCAAGGAGCAGCAAGCCCGUCAAGAGUUUGAGCGCUCCAAGCGCAAGCUGGACACUGAACUGACGGACAUCCGCGACCAGCUGACGGAGAAGAAGACCUAUAUCGAGGAGAUGCAGAUCCAGCUCUCUCGACGCGAGGAGGAACUCACGCACGCCAUGAUGAAGGUGGACGAAGAGGCGGCCAACCGGGCCGUGGCCCAGAAAGCCCUCCGAGAGCUGGAAGCCCAGCUGACUGAAUUGGGGGAGGAUUUGGAAGCCGAGAAAGUUGCCCGCGCCAAAGCCGAGAAGCAGAAACGCGACCUCAAUGAAGAGCUGGAAGCUCUGAAGAACGAGCUCCUCGAUUCCCUGGACACGACGGCCGCCCAGCAAGAAUUGAGGACCAAGCGCGAACAGGAAUUGGCGGCUCUCAAGAAAGCCCUGGAAGACGACACUGCGGCCCACGAGCUGCAAGCCCAGGAGAUGCGCCACAAGCACAGCGAGGAGACGGCCAAGAUCCACGAACAGCUGGACGUUGUCAAGAAGAGCAAAAUGGCCCUGGAGAAGGCCAAAGCCACUCUGGAAGCUGAGAACGCCGAUAUGGCCAACGAAAUCAAGACCCUGACGGCCAGCAAGACGGACGGCGAGCGUCGUCGCAAGCAGCUCGAGUCGCAAUUCUCCGAACUUCAGGCCCGUCUGGCCGAGGCUGAACGCGGUCGCGGCGAAGGCUCUGAGCGCCUCAUCCGUCUGCAGAACGAGAUCGAGACGAUCACCGUCCAGUUGGUUGAAGCCGAAUCGAAAUUGACGAUUGCCCUCAAGUCUCAGACGACGAUCGAGCAACAGUUGACGGAAGUGACGACUCUUUUGGAAGAGGAGACCCGCCAGAAACUAGCCCUCAGUUCGAGACUGCGCCAGGCCGAUUCGGAGCGCGAAUCGCUGCUGAACCAACUGGAAGACGAGGAGGAAGCCAAACGUCAACUGGAGAAGCAGAUUACCAGCCUCAACAUUCAAUUGAUUGAGGUGAGGAAGAAGGCCGAAGAGGAAGGUGAAGCCGCUAUCCAACUCGACGAGCUCAAAAAGAAAUCCAUCAAGGACAUUGACGCCCUCCAGAGGCACAUUGAAGAGUUGCAGGCUAACCUGGACAAAUUGGACAAGUCUCGCAAGAAGCUCGGAGCUGAAUUGGAAGACACGACCGUUGAGCUCGAAUCGCAGCGGACCAAGGUGCUGGACUUGGAGAAGAAACAACGCAACUUUGAUAAGGUGCUCAUGGAAGAGAAAACCAUUUCGGAACGUUACGCCAUCGAGCGUGACAAUGCCGAACGCGAAGCUCGUGAGAAAGAGACCAAGGUCUUGUCGCUGAAUCGCGAACUGGAAGAAGCCUUGGGCAAGAUCGACGAGUUGGAGAGAAUCCGUCGCCAGUUGCAGGGCGAGCUGGACGAUUUGGCCAACACGCAGGGAACGGCCGACAAGAACGUCCACGAGCUGGAGCGCGCCAAACGGGCUCUCGAGUCUCAAUUGGCCGAGCAAAAGACGCAGAUUGAGGAGCUGGAAGAUGAGCUCCAGUUGACUGAAGAUGCCAAACUCCGUCUCGAGGUCAACAUGCAAGCCCUUAAAGCCCAAUUUGAGCGCGACCUUCAAGCCCGCGAGGAGCAGAGCGAGGAGAAGCGCCGAGCUCUUGUCAAGCAACUGCGCGACCUGGAAGCCGAGCUGGAAGACGAGCGGAAGCAGCGGGCCGCCUCUGUGGCCGCCCGCAAGAAGUUGGAGGGCGACAUGCGCGACAUGGAGGCCCAUCUGGAGAUGGCCAACAAGCUCAAGGAAGACGCUCUCAAACAGCUCAAGAAGCUCCAAGUGCAGGUGAAGGAGUUCCAGCGCGACGCCGAGGAAGCCAGAGCCGGACGCGACGAGCUGGUGGCCCAGCUCAAGGAGGGUGAGAAGAAGAUCAAAUCGCUCGAGGCCGAGCUGAUGCAGUUGCACGAGGAACUGGCGGCGGCCGAACGGGCCCGCCGCUCGGCCGAGGGCGACCGCGACGAGCUCCAGGAGGAAUUGGCGACGAUCAACAGCCGCGGAACGCUGAUGGCGGACGAGAAGCGCCGUCUGGAGGCCCGCAUCCAAUCGCUGGAGGAGGAGCUGGAGGAGGAGCAAUCGAACGGCGAAGUCUUGCUGGACCGCAACCGCAAGGCUCAAUUGAGCUUCGAGCAGUUGACGACCGAGCUGACAUCGGAGCGUUCCGUCUCGCACAAGAUCGAGAAUCAGCGCGCUCUGCUCGAGAAGCAGAACAAGGAGCUCAAAUCCAAGUUGACUGAAUUGGAGACGUCGACCAGGACCCGGACCAAGGCCACGAUCACGGCCCUUGAGGCUAAAGUGGCCAACCUGGAAGAGCAACUGGAGAACGAAGCCAAGGAAAGAAUGCUGCAAUCGAAGAACAACCGCAAGUUAGAGAAACGCCUGAAAGAGCUGCUGCUCCAAUUAGAGGACGAACGCCGACACGCUGACCAGUACAAGGAGCAAGUCGAGAAAUCCACGAGCCGUGUCAAGGCUCUCAAACGCCAACUGGACGAAGCUGAAGAGGAGGUGAGUCGCGAGAAAGCUCAACGUCGCAAAGCCCAGCGCGACUUUGAGGACGCCCUCGAGUCGCAGGAGAGCAUCUCGCGCGAAUUGACGACGCUCAAGAGCAAAAUGCGACGCGGUCCCAGCGUCGCCUCCUCGUCCAGCGUCCUGGUUACCACUAUCCGUACCACCAAACGCGGUUCUGUUCAGGAAGGGAUUACUACUAACGAGUCGUAUAUGAUUGGCGAUGCGGAAUCCACGCUGGAAACUGACGGAGAAGAUGGCACCAAGCAAUAAAAAAAAAAAAAAAGGAUAACAAUUUUUUAUUUUAUAAAAAAAAAAUUUUUUUUUUUUCUAUGUUCUGCCUACUCUUCCUCUUCCGCCUGCUUCCGUCAUAUUCGACCGUGAAGUCCUUAAAAAAAAAAGAGAGAAAAAUCCGGAAUCCGGCCAUCCCUUUAUGAUAUAAUCCCCCUCUGCUUAUAUACGAUUCCCCCCCCCCUCUCCAUCUUGAAUUAUAUUCCAAAACCAAAAGAAAAAAAAAAAACGAUUAAAAAAAAAGAAUGACGAAAAAAAGAAAAAAGAAAGAAAAAAAAAAAAGAUUGAACUAAUUCUAAAAUGUUAACGGGUGGUUUAUUUUUCUCGUGCAUCCUCCAUUUAGACGAAAACAAUUAUUAUUAUUUUUUUGGGGAGGGGUUGAACAUUUUUUUUGUUUUUUUUUUUAAUCUUUCUUGGAAUUAACACACGAUAAGAAAAUGAUGCGUAACGAAAGCAGGUUCAACUUAGAAAAACAACGCACGGUGUGGCCUUACAUUAAAUUCUUUGAUUUCCCUCCAUUUUUUGCUGAUCCGGAAAUAGCGAAAAGAAAAAAGGAGAAAAAAAAAAAGAAGGAAGUAAUAAAAACACUUUUUGUUGUUUAAUGAUUUAGCAACAUCGAAAAAAAAAACAAAAAAAAAAGCAAAAAAAACAUGCAAUUAAAAAAGAAAAACGAUAAUAAAUAUUGAGAAUGCGAAAUUGAACGAAAACAAACAAACAAAACAAAUCCAGUUGACUUAUUAGAUGAUAAGAUCAGAGUGUGUUUCCAGCUGCCAAAAUGUAUUUUCAAUUAUUUUAUUUUUUUUUUAUUUGAAACCGCCCUUCAUCUUCGUGUCUUUCCCCCCAUUUGCAUACGAGAUGCGAUGAUUGUUUAUUCCAAUAUUUUUUUUUAAAUUCCUUUUUUGUUUGUUUACACUUUUGUGCUAAUUAAUGAAAAGCCUCCAUUUUACUU